AUGGUUAGAGUCGGUGUUGUGAUAAGCGAUGUUUACAAUUUAAACUAUAAGAAAAUUACCAAACUUGCAGCUGCAUGUCUUGCAAAUCACAUAGAUGAAUUUAAACAAGACAACAACGGUCAAUUUGACGUAAUACUUCGUGAUAAAAUCCAAAGUUCUCAUCAUUUAGAUGAUAUUUUGGGUACACUGUACAACUCAAUAAGAGAAUAUCUGAUUAGUGAAAAGUUAGACCUUCUACCAAUUAAUAUAUUCUUAGGAAAUUUCAACAGAGAAUUGAUACAUUGGGAUUUUUUGUACGUUAUGGAAGGUGAUUUAAUACGAGACAAUGAUGGGUUCCAAUAUGACACAAUACGGAAUAUCAAUGAUCCAAAGGAAUGGAUCGAGAUAAGGAAGCCUGAUGAAUUGGCCGCCAUUGAAAAUUUUAAAAAGGACCAUAAUCUACAUAAGGUAUCUGCAUUGGGUGGUACAUUUGAUCAUCUCCAUGAUGGACACAAGAUUUUAUUAACAGUGGCCGCGUUCUUGACAUCUGAGAGACUAAUUAUUGGUCUUACCGUUGAAGAGUUACUUGUCAGCAAAAAAUAUAAGGAUAUCGUUCAAGAUUUCGACACUAGAAGAGAAAAUGUUGUGAGUUUCCUAAAUACUUUUAAACCAAGUCUUAAGAUAGAAAUUAUACCUUUGAAGGAUGUAUGUGGACCAACAGGAACUGUGCCUGAAAUAGAAUGUUUAGUGGUCAGUAGAGAAACUGUGAAAGGCGGUCAAAUUGUUAAUAAGACAAGAAAGGAGAGAGGUAUGUCACAAUUGGAUCUGUACGUUGUAAACGUCCUAGGUGGUAAGGAAGAAGAUGGUUGGAAGGAGAAAAUGAGUAGUACUGAUAUUCGAAAAUUAAUUAGUUCUCGAGAAGGUACUUCCACUCAAAUAUAG